AUGUACGCCGUGUGCCACGUCUUCUCGACAUUCUCGUCUCAGCACAACCAGCCAACCGUUCACCUGCUUGCCCACUGCUUGCCCACUGCUUGCCGCAGCCUGUUCGACCAUUUCCCGAGCAACCGUAGACAACACGUCGUGGGCAUCACCGCACCGCGACGACAUCAACGCUGGAGACCAACACUUCCUUCCACGGCCAUGUUCAUUGCCAAGAAACUCAACCUGCCCGCCCGGGUGUAUUGCUCCCUAUCCCCGACGCCAGCCUCUCAGAGUUCCCGUGCUCCCCCCACGCCAACAAUGUUCAAGCACAUCAUCCACUUCCUCGCCACCCCAGGCACCAAAGGGGACAUCCAAGACAGGGCUCCCACGCAAUACCUGUCCAAGCAUUUCAACCAACCUCAAGGCAAGCUCGGUAUUGUCGUCAAGGAGUCGGAUGAGGUGUCCGAGCCGGUUGAAAACGUCACCGGCUACGUCAAGCACACCAAGACGAACAAGCUGGACCGAUGGCUCGACGCGAUGGUUAGGGCCUCUGGCUCAGAGCCCGUCUUCCUCGUCAUCGUUGCCGGUCUCGCGGUCUGGGCCCUGACUGGCAUUCACUACGGCGAGACGGACAACUGGGCUGCCCUCAUUUCCGACAUCCAGGCCAUCAUCAGCUACCUCUUUGACUCGCUCCUCAUGCGGCAGCAGCUCAACGGCUACGAAAAGCAAGUCCGCGUCUCGGCCAGCCUCAAGUCCCGCAUCGUCAGCCAAAAAAGAAUGCUCCGCCACGUCAUCGCCAGCGGUCGCUACCGCCGCGCUUCUCUCCGUGAGAUCGAAAACACUUCGUCUUCCAAGUUCGGCCCCGACCUGCCGUCGGAGAACUGGGCGGGCAAGGUGUCCAACUCGUUCGCCACCUUCCUCGGCCACUUUGGCACCAUUUGCAUGUACUGGGUUAGCAUCGGCAUCUGGCUGGCCUUUGGACACUACUGCCAAUGGAGCGACAGGUGGCAGCUGUACAUCAACUCGGCCACGUCGGCCCUCAUGGUGCUCAUAUUCGCCUUUCUGGCCAACAUUCGCGAACGCCACGACAAGUACGUCGAGAAGUGCAUCGAUUCCAUCUUCCAGGUCGACUCGGAGGUGGAGCUCAAACUGCGCCUCCUCACCGGCGACUCGGAGGAGAAUCCCGCCGUAGUGGUUCCCGCGCCGCGGAUCAACGCCAUACAGCGCGUCAUCUUCUACUACGCCGACGUCGUGGGGACCCUUGUCGGGAUCGCGCUCCUCGUCAUCGUCCUGGUCGUGUGGAUCGCCAUCGGCCCAGCCAUGCAGUGGAACGACAACUGGUGGCUUCUCAUCGGCACCUACGCCGGCCUGGUGGGCCUCAUUGACGGCUUCGUGCUGCGCAACGUCCAGCAGCGUCUGCACCAGUACGAAGAGGCGGCGCUGGACAGCGCCAAGCUCGACGACGUCGGGCUGUCCGACGAGAUUGGCGUGCCCACCCCCGGCAAGGCGGUCGUCAACCUCGGCUCCAUCAACUACAGGCUGUCGGAACGCAUGGGCCGCGUCUGCGCCCACGAGGCGACCGUCAUCCUGGGCGUCGGCGUCGUCAUCGGCCUCAUUGUGGGCGCGAGCGCCAUGAAGUGGACCACGACCGGCCAGCUGCUCUGCAACAUCCCCCCCAGCAUCAUCGAGUCCUUCUUCAUGAUGAUUCUCAUCACGGGGCACAACCUGUCGGAGGCGGGGUGGCGAGCCGACUUGCACAACAUGUACAUGUGGCGCCUGAGACUGCUGUCGUUUGUCGACCAUCUGGAGGAGGGCUCGGAGGAGGGCUCGGAGAAGAGGCCGGGCGACGCGCCUGAUGCGGUGGCUGCGUGA